AUGGUAUUCCUGGCACAACAGAUCUUAAAGCCCAAGGUCAACGAUAAGCUGGGUUCCAGUCCAGCAGCUAAAGCGAGGGCGGGCGCUGGAGAAUAUCCUGACUGUGGGAAAGGUUUCACCCAGUUAGAGCAUUUUAAAACACACCAGCGAAUUCACACAGGAGAGAAACCGUAUCGCUGCUCUGACUGUGGGAAGAGUUUCAGUAGGUCACAAAACAUGAAAAAACACCAGCGAAUUCACACAGGAGAGAAACCGUAUUCCUGCUCUGACUGUGGGAAGAGUUUCAGUCGGUCAGACAGCCUUGUUUCACACCAGCGAACUCACACAGGAGAGAAACCGUAUCGCUGCUCUGACUGUGGGAAGUGUUUCAUUAGGUCAAAAGACAUGAAAACACACCAGCAAAUUCACACAGGAGAAAAACCGUAUUCCUGCUCUGACUGUGGGAAGAGUUUCAGUCGGUCAGACAGCCUUGUUUCACACCAGCGAAUUCACACAGGAGAGAAACCGUAUUCCUGCACUCACUGUAUGAUGUGUUUCCGUAGGUCAGGAGACAUGAAAAAACACCAGCGAAUUCACACAGGAGAGAAACCGUAUUCCUGCUCUGACUGUGGGAAGAGUUUCAGUCAGUCCGGACACCUUGUUUCACACCAGCGAAUUCACACAGGAGAGAAACCGUAUCGCUGCUCUGACUGUGGGAAGAGUUUCAGUUACUCAGGAGACAUGAAAAAACACCAGCGAAUUCACACAGGAGAGAAACCAUAUUCCUGCUCUGACUUUGGGAAGAGUUUCAGUCAUUCAAACAACCUUGUUUCGCACCAGCGAAUUCACACAGGAGAGAAACCGUAUCACUGCUCUGACUGUGGGAAGUGCUUCCGUCUUAAACAAGGCUUUCAAAAUCACCAGAGAAUUCACAGAAGAGCGAAACCUUAAAGACUAUGUUAAUUGGGACUGUUCUAUCAUGAAGAAAAAAAUGUUAACCUUGCAUCAUGAAUUUGAAACAAAAACACUUUGGAAAUGUGAAAAAUCGCCAAGUUAUCAAAAGUGCCCAGCCAUUUAAAGUAGAGAUAUCAAA